AUGCACAGGUGAGCAACCCUAUGGGUGGUUACUCCAGUGCUGUCGCUUAUUUCCGUGUGAAAUUAUCGUAUGGUGCCUCUUCUGCAGAAUCGCAUCGAGAAAGCAUCCUCGUCAGUUUUGCAGUCUGCGAGUUCAACGAAUGAAAACGUUUCACAGCGCUGUGUAAUACGGGAUCGCACCGCCGUUGCUAUGUGUACUUUCAGGGGAAUCUUAAUCUGUACAUCGUUUGCCAUCUGUAUCUCUCAGUUGCUAAUAGUAUGCAAAGCAGACCAAGAUGUAACGUAUAAUUUCACGGCAUUAAGUGACGCUGAUAUAGUUUCGUAUGGAAAGGACCUUCUCUUGAAGCCGAAGGAUGAAUUCAAGGAAUACGGCAAGGAACUGAUCAAGCGAUAUUACUCUGCCGCGAGAGUUUUCGAUGUUGUGAAUGCUACUAUCCAUGAAGCCAAAAGAUUUGCAGCCGAGAAGAAUCAGACACUAACUGACCAAGACCCAGUCUGGAAAGCUCUGAACGAAACGGUCGAACAUUCCGGGGAAAAUCUGUCGAAACUGAACACAACAGUGACAGCGUUCAACAGCGCGGCCGAGCGACGAGGCGAAAUAAAAGCCAUCAUAAAAGCUGUGGAGGCUGGAGCUAAGUACUUCACCCAAGCUUUCAAAGGAAGCAAAGGCGACAAGAAGAAAGAUUCCUCGAAGCCGAAAGAUCAUACGGUGCUGGGUGCCUCUCCGUCUCUUUCCCACUGUCCGUCUGUUCCUCAGCAGUGUAGCUGUCCCCCAGUCCAGAAGUGUAGCUGUCCACCGGUUCAGAAGUGUAGCUGUCCGCCAGUUCAGCAAUGUAACUGUCCUCCUAUAAAUCGACCAUCCGGUGUCUAUGGACAGCCACCAUCGAAAGACAAAACCAAGCCGCCAAUGAACAGUGGAUCCCGACCUGCCCAAUACACCGGCUAAAAACUACCAAGAAUAGGGUUAAAGUAGGUUCUUUGACUUGAUUUUCACGAAUAUAUUCUCUCAAUCUCCAGGCACGGAAUCAUGUGCGAGUAUUAUUUUGCACCCGUAAACACUCAGGAUUCAGGAAGUCCAGUGUUAUAGUCCUUAAAUGCUCAAUCAGGGUCAUAUUGACCCGAGAUUUUCUUUUUUAAAAACGUGCCUCUUGGGACUUAGCGUAUGAAAAAAUUCUUGGACAUACGAGUAUAAGGGUUAAAAGGAACCUUAAAAUGUGUGCGUAUGCAUGCAUGAAUCACAACAAGAAAAAUAUUUGUGCCAGAGAGAUAGCUUAUAUAUAUAGCUAUGUAGCUUGUACGCUAUGGCCAUGAAACAACUUUUGCUGAAAUAAAUUUUCUCUUGCUCAGUUA